AACUUCUGCUUUCAGCAUGAACAUGCCUGUGUCGGUCCUCCAGGGCGGGGCUGGAGACUCAACUCUUCCUGGACUAGCUAGCAGUUGCCUGGAAGUUAAAACUAGGUGGACAGACUGAUCUUUACUGGGGGGGCAGGAAUUAACUGAACUUUAGGUUUCCAGGCAAGACGCUGUGGGAGACACCUCCCAGUAGACAUAAUGCAAAUGAAGAUGACAUAUUUUGACCUAUCAAAUUGGCAGAGGAACCAACAGAUGCAUGGAAAGACAGCGCCUCUAAAGAGUCCCGUACCCUGCACAGAGAAACCAGAAAAGGCCCAGGAGCCCCCAGAUGACAGUCUACACUGGUCAGAAGGCUUGAAGAGUGAAGAGAUAAAGAAAUAUGGCCGGCAAGGGACACUCCUGAGCAAAUACAACCAGCAGUUCCACAAGCUGUUUAAAGACAUCCCCUUGGAGGAGAUGGUUCUCAAAGUGUGUUCCUGUGCCCUCCAGAGAGACCUCCUCCUGCAUGGCCGACUCUAUAUCUCUCCCAACUGGCUCUGCUUUCAUGCCAGCCUCUUUGGCAAGGAUAUCAAGGUAGUCAUUCCUGUGGUAUCUGUGCAAUUGAUCAAGAAACAUAAGAUGGCACGUCUCCUUCCCAACGGACUGGCCAUCACCACAAACACCAGCCAGAAGUAUGUCUUUGUGUCUCUGCUCUCCCGGGACAGUGUGUAUGACAUGCUGAGGAGGGUCUGCACUCACCUACAGCCUUCCAGCAAGAAGAGUCUAAGUGUAAGGAAAUUCCCCGAGGAAGCCGAGUGCGAGUCUCCGGUGAGAGCCGAAGCUGGGAGCAAGGGCCUGAGGGAAAUCCUUACCCCUGAGAUGAAGUGGAGAAACGUGUGCUCAGCCUCCACAUCACUGUCACUCCCAGACAACAUCUCUUGUGUCUCUCGGAUACCCACAGACUCCACAGAUAGCUGCUUUCCCUCCAGGAAACCUCCAGGGUCUGAGACCACCUGUGACGAAGAUUCACUGGAGGAAGAGCCCACGAUGGACCAGGAAUUGAGGCUGUGGGAUUCCCGGCUCCUCAAAGUCAUCUUUGUGAUGAUCUGCUUCUUAGUUGUGUCCUCGUCCUAUCUGGCAUUCCGCAUUUCCCGGCUGGAACAGCAAUUAUGUUCCUUGAACUGGGGUGGUCCACUACCAGGGGACAGGUAACAGUCAGUUGGCCUUCGUCCUCACACCUUGUCUAAGGAUGCUCUGGGUGCUGUCUCUACCAAUGAUUCCUGAGGUUUAUACUGCAGUUGUGCUGAGAAUGAGAAUGAAGGAAAAUAAUCUAGAUCCUUCCUCCAGCCCCCUGCCCCAACACUUCUUUCCUCAAUGAGUGAUCUGAAGUAACUGUUUACAGAUUAACUGGCUCCUACAAUUUUGGACUCAAACAAAAUGUUAGAUCUUUUGUUUUUUUAAUCAGAUGAGGAGUUCUGUACACUAAGCUUCAGCGACCACUGAAAUGAUAGAAAACAUAUUAACUUGGCUUUUUGUAAGCAGUGAUUCUGGCACACUGGCAGAGCCCUGGGGGCCUCCUCCAGGGACAAAGGGCAUGCUUUGAUACCUGGAUUGCUGCUGGCUGUCACAUGACACACUCUAGUGAGUGUUGGGAGAGGUGGGGGUUGGGGACAUAACAGAGGCACAGACUGUCUCUGUGAGCUCUGCUGCCUCCCCACACUCUGUGAUCUUACUUAGGCCUCUCAGAAUCUUUGUUCUGGAGCCCUCAGGACUUCUCUGCAGGGAGCCAGACACCUCAGGGCAUAUGAGAAGGCUGGAUGUAAAGAACAGAGCUCAUGGCAGGGGAUUAGCAAGAGACCAAACUUGGUGCUCUGAGCUGAGCUGGAUGAGACUAAGAUUGGAGGUCCCAGAAUCCCUAUUCUGCAUCAGCCCCCUCUUUGGUUGGACAGGUGGAACAGGGGCUUAGGUAUUUGGUACCAGGACUAUUCCCAGUGGUCCACAGACAUUUCCAAGGGCCUGGCCAUAAGCAACAGGAAGGUGGGAAAUUUGAUUUGAGAUCCAGCUGCUGGCAUACUUCCUGCAUGGCCAACUGCUCUUGUGAGAGUGGCUUGGCAGGACAGUGGGAUCUGACAGUGUUAGGCCACUUCCUGGCAGAGCUCACUCAUGUCACCUGCAGCCUGUAUGUUACAAGCCAGUCUGUAGGGUCCAGUAAUCUAAAUGAGGUAGAGGUAUCCAGGUGGGACAGGUUCAGUGUAGUGAUCAGGUAGUUAUCUCUCUGACCCCUUGGGGAGAAGAUGGGAGGUAAUGACGUGGGUGCACACUGAUGGUUUUUUCUGUAAAGCAUCUUCUUUUUCAUUCUAAAAAGGACCCUGGUCCUCGGGACUCUCACCGGCUAAGACAGUGCCUUUGAAGGUUCUAGAAGGGCCUUAGGGAGGAAGCCAGAGGUUUCAAGGAAAAGCACAGGUGGUGCGGGGGCGGCAUUAGGAGUAGGCACUGUUUCCUCCCUCUGAUGCUGGGAGGUUAACUGGGGGAAGAAACCCAGGUGGGGAUUAUUGCAGAUAUGAUUGUCUCAUUUAGGACAAAUCCAAGCAGGACUGGAGAAAGGACAGUAGUUGACAACUCCCUGAGCUCAGACUAGAGGUCCCUUCACCAUCUCCCCAUUCUAGUUUCUAGGGUUGAACACAGAGCCCAGCCUUGUAUGUUGUUUGUACCAAAUCUCUACAUCUCAGGUGAAAACCAGUGUCCAUUUCUUCUGCCAGGACCACACCAUCAAAUGCCCAUCCUUUAAUGCCUACCCCUUUGUUUUAAUCACUCUCCCUCACUCUUUUCCAUGGAAUUUUCAUGGAAACAAUCCUCACCGCCCCAGGACUUUCCCUUCCUGGUCCCUGCCAGAAGAUGGGAGAACAAAUCUGUUCUCUGAGCCUUGCUAGGUUGAGCCAGGGUUCAUGAGAGGUGCCAAGUCACAAGUGGCUGUGCCAACAUGCUGUGGAAAACGUGGUCUCCAGCCAGCCCAAGGCUCAGAAAGGGCAGCAGGCUGUACGUAGGUGGCUCUGGAGGUGUACUCAGGACAAGGGCCUUGAGUGAUACACGUGAGUCCAUUCCUCUGGAGUGUCCUCUCUCUGCUUCUUCUCCCCUUCCGCCCCCAUCUAGCUCCUCUAGAGGAACUGUGUGUCUGCUGUGAUCAUUCGUUGUCCAUGAGUAUUUAUACAUUUCCAAUUGCAUUGGCUAACGGUUCUCUGAUUCCCUGAAAGGCCGGUUCAGUAAGAGUGGUUGUCCACCGUGGUAUUAGCCUUUGAAACUAAAACAACAACAACAACAAAAAUGGGUUAAAUCCCUGGUACUGAAAAGAUGUUUUUUAAAAAAUAAAAACCUUGAUUUUUCUAGUG